AUGAGCUCACGCGGUGGAACUAUGGCCGAGGGAUCGGGUCUCGUCCAUACUCUACAAAGUCACAUCGAUGAUAUCCGCACCCUGAUACAGUGUGGUAUCUGCAUUCGACCCCUCUACGAGCCCUUCACCCUUGCAUGCGGUCAUACAUUCUGCUACUCAUGUCUUACAUCUUGGUUCAGUGGAGGGAAAGAACAGCGGACAUGUCCGGAUUGCCGAGCCCCGGUCAAAACACAACCGGCGCCAGCCUACCUGAUCAGGACUAUGGUACAGAUGUUCACCGGUCGUGCGGAAUUAGUCGACAAGGGAGAAUCCACCAAAGAACACGCCAAGAAUCAGAAAGAAGAAGCAGACAGAUUGGACCAGGACAAGGCGAAUAAUCACCCAACCCGUGGAGGUCUCUUUGGAGGUCUUUUCAGGCCCAAAGCUGCAGUACCUCAACCCGUUAUUGAUGUUGACGAUGGUGUUGUGCGAUGUCCUCACUGUGCGUGGGAGCUUGAGGAAGGAGAUACCUGCGCGGGAUGCGGGUAUGUCUAUCAGCCAGAUGAGAAUGAAUCAGAUGACAGUGAGUCGGGGAUAUACAGUCGAAGCGAGGACGGCUCUAUGGGGGGAGACAAUGAUUAUGACGACUUCGAUGACCAAGACCCCGUCUGGACUCAUUUUGCAAACAGUCACCCCCACAACUUGAUUGCCGGAGGCUACCGAGGCUCUGGGAUACCUGCAGAGCCGCGGAAUCUCCUGGAUCAACUUACUGUUCAAGAUCAAAUCAACCGUGGAAAUCGCAUGCAAAAUCCUGCGAAUGUCCCUUACUACAAUGGUAUGAGUCGACGUGCCAACAGAGAUCCAUAUGGCGAAGACAUGGGGUCAGAGGAGGAAGAGGAUUCCGAGGAGGAAGGCGAAAAUGAAUAUGAUGAGGACGAUCCCUUUAUCGAUGACGAUGGAAUGAGUGGCCCGCCCACAAGCUCCUUCGUUGGCACUCAUGGACAUGACACGAGUGGCGAAGUGUAUGAUCUACAAUCAGAACCUUCCACCGGCACAGCUGUGGACGAUGAUGACGACGACGGUGAACACCCCAGCACUGAUGGAUUGCUCCAAUGGCGAGAUGCCACCCCUUAUAUCGAACAAGAUUCAGACGAGUCUGGCGAGGCAGAGAGAAUUGAGGAUUCAGAAGCGGAUUCAGAUGAAGAGGAAAUCAACAUACCAUCUCGUCGUCGGCAACCACAACUCGCAUCACUUUCUCGGGGGUUCCAGAUUCCGAGCGAAGCUCCAUGGUUGUCAGCAAGGAGCAACUCAGCAAGGGCCAGACGCCCAAUCAUUCCUGAUUCUGACGAGGCCGAGGAAUCCGCUGCGUCGGAAUCUUCGAGUGAGCCUCCUCCUCGGCCGGCUGCCAGACGCACCGGGGCAUCCGUCGGCAAUGCCAUUGCUCUUGACGAUUCAGAUGAUGACCAGCCUGUCGGACCCAUGAGAAGAAACACCCAGAGACGGAAUAAUAGAUUUUCUCCAUAUUGA